UUCUGAACUACAGUUUACCCAACAAAUCCCUGUUAAACGGUCAUUUGAGCCAUUAGACUGGGCCAUGUGCAAGAUAAAACACUCCAGGGCAAUGGUAUACAACGCUAUACAAAAGGAACCCUUGUUUGGUCCACAAAAAUGUUUUCUGCUACUUGUGCUUUGUUGCAGUAUGUUUGGCAGGGCAUGAACAACAUCUUUAUUAUGCCACCAUAUUUAUGUGCAUUCAUUAUCUUUGUGGAGCCACUGUGCAAGGUUGUAAAAGGGGCUUUCAUUGACGUAGCAUGUUGGGUAAAACUGGAAAGGGAAUUCGGCUGUCUGGAACAGUAAGGGUCAGAUGUGUGAUUUUAGAAGAACACGAGGGCAGACUGCUGUGACAAAACUGAGUAAACCCAACUACUUUAGCGUCCUAAAGCCAAGGGCGAGGCGUAAAAUGGAGAACCAUGUGGGUCCGUGUUCAUAUUUUAUACUGCGAAUAAAUCAGUCAUGUACGCAUAUACACUCAUCGAAAACUGCAGGGAACAGAAACGAUGUAGACGGGAUAAUGGUUUUAAGCGGGGUAGUGGGCUUUCGCAAUGAUCUGCGUGUGAGAUACAAAAGAUAUGCUCUACCGCGAUAUCUAAAAUGGCAGCGAGUUAUGCAAUGCAGUGCAGAUGCGGCUUUACAGCUCCUUCCGGUAGAGAUGCAGAUAGCCCCGCCUACUCGUUUCGUCAUCUUCUCUUACCCUUUCAAAAUACAGGCGACAAAAUAGGGAAAAAAAAAACAAAACAAGCUGAACAGUCAGCGCGGCCGGAGCGAGCCGGCUCAUGCCGCAUGCGGGGUUGUCUUGAUCCACUUAUUUUUACAUCUUUUUUUUAACCGGUGAUAAAUAAAGGAGAUGAGGGGACUCCUGCCUUUCUCCCGAGUCCUAUACACCCUGAGUAACCGUCAAGCCAGACGAAAGCCUGGGAUUGUCGGUAUUCGGUGCGGGUUUUGCGGAACUCAGUCUAAUAGCAAGCCACAGCCAAGCUUUGGGCUAUUGUUCGACAUUGAUGGUGUGCUUGUCCGAGGAAGGCUGCCAAUUCCUGCAGCAAAAAAGGCUUUUGAGAAGUUGGUCGACUCUCAGGGACAAUUUGUGGUGCCAGUUGUUUUUGUCACAAAUGCAGGGAACUGUCUCCGACAAACAAAAGCUGACCAGCUCUCCCACAUCCUGGGAGUACCUAUUACAGAAGAGCAGGUCAUCAUGUCUCAUAGUCCCCUGAGGAUGUUUAAGCGGUUUCAUGACAAGUGUGUGUUGGUGUCGGGACAAGGACCAGUCCUGGAAAUUGCUAAAAAUGUGGGCUUUAAGAAUGUUGUCAGUAUUGAUAUGCUGAGGGAAUCCUACCCAUUGCUGGACAUGGUGGACCACAACAGGAGACCCAAGCUGCCGACCCAUCCUGUUAGCAACCUUCCUAAAAUUGAUGCUGUGGUUCUGUUUGGGGAGCCAAUUCGAUGGGAGACCACCCUCCAAUUGAUAAUUGAUGUUUUGUUGACCAAUGGCAACCUCUGCAGUGUUCACCAACCCCAAAGGUUGUCUCACCUCCCCCUGCUGGCUUGCAACAUGGACCUCAUGUGGAUGGCUGAGACACAAUCUCCACGGUUUGGCCAUGGGACAUUUCUUGUCUGCCUAGAGAACAUCUAUAAGAAGAUAACGGGUAAAGACCUGAAGUAUGAGGCUCUCAUGGGAAAACCCAGUGAGCUGACAUACCAUUUUGCAGAGUACCUCAUCAGAAGCCAGGCCAUACAGCAGCAAUGGAAACAUCCUAUCACAUCCCUUUAUGCUAUAGGGGAUAACCUUAUGACUGACAUCUAUGGUGCCAAUCUCUAUAAUCGCUACCUGGAAGAGAGAGUUGCUAGGAAGAACCCAAAAGCCGUUGCCAAGAUGGCAGCUGCCACAGGGUCGGCCACUGCAGUGCCCCAGGAUGAAGAGAUUGACAACCUGUGGGAGAGUGAGCUAGCACUGCCCUCUGCUACUUCCUGUAAGUCAGUCCUAGUCUGUACGGGGGUCUAUGACCCCAACACAGAGGUGCCAUCUGAUGCAAACCACUGCAUCAAACAGACUGUGUUUCAUGGACACAGGGACUUCAGAUUUGAUCCUGCGCUCGUGGAGCCCGGCCACAUUGUGCAGGAUGUGGCAGAAGCUGUUGACCUCAUCUUUGAGCAGGAGAAGUUUGUGCCUAAGUAGAGUUUUGAACAUUUUAUGUGAUAAUAGGCCCCUAGUAAUGGAGGAGUGGGCUAGGUGUAUCAUUUAAUGUAAAGACAGAUAGGAGCCUAACACUGUGGACAUUGUUUAACCACCUAACAGGGCAUUGACAAAGAAUGGGUCAGCUUCUAGUCUUUCAUCACUGAGACAGGCAUUAGAGAAAAUGAACCAUUUAACUGUUACAACCACUCUUAUUGUUUUUGUGGUUGUCAAUCCCCUGUUCUUCAUUAAGAAAAAAGUGUAAGAGCUCCCUGAUGACCACUAAGUAUUUUUAGGUGAUAGUUUUAUUUUAGAUUAUCAUUCGUCCUGUAUUUAUUACAAGAAUUUAGCUGUGUUUUUAAUAAGCAUAUCCAGAUAACAUGUGACCUUUUUUCUUAAAGUGGAUGAUCUAUGCAUGAGUAUUAACUGUACUGUAAAAACAACUGUUUCAUGUGCAAUAUUGUCCUCUAAUAGUACUGUCAUUAGUACUUUGUGUCUAGUUGUGAGAGCCUUGACCAAUAUUUGCACAGAUCCAAGAUUUUCAUUUUUGCUAACUGUUACCAUAUAACCUGGGCUGUAUGAUGUAGAGACUUUAAUUCCAUAAAUAAAAACUAACACAUUUA